AUGUCCGACCCCGUCCUGUUCGAAGAUACCUUCACGAUCACUGCGAUCAACGCGCAGAAGUACGAUCGCGUCUCUCGUUUGACCUGCACCUCCUCGGAUAACUUCACAACUUUCACUCUCGAUGUGAACACAGAACUCUACCCCUGUGCCGUGGGCGAGUCCCUGUCCAUGGCCAUCGCGUCGACUCUGUCUCUGGACGGCAAAGAGGACAGCGGCACCAAGGUCGGCUGGAGAGAAGUCGGCAUGGGCGAACAGAGCUUGGCAAACGAUUACGAUUAUGUCUGCCACGGCAAGGUGUAUCGAUUCGAGGAGGGAUCGACUUCGGGCAACAUGGCGGUGUUCAUUUCGUUUGGCGGACUUUUGCUUUACCUCGAAGGCCCCUACAAGAAGACGGCCCCUCUCCGCAUCGACUACGUGUAUCUUCUCCUGAAGAAAUAG